AUGAAGAAAAACUACGUUAAACUACGUUAUCAGCUGGAUUUUAGGGUGUUUUAUAACCCAAGAUUAAGCACAGAACAUAAGAGGAUAGUGCGAAAAAUUGGUAAGCGGUCAAUUUUUUAUGAUUGCUGUGCUGGUAUUGGACCUUUGGUUUUACCGGUAAUAAGGAAUGGUGUUCAUCAUGUUUUAGCAAAUGACCUAAAUCCGAAUUGUAUUGAUUAUCUCAAGCGAAAUAUGGAACUGAAUCGUGUCGAUGGGACUGAUUCAGCUAUUAUUGAUUCUGGUUUUCAGUACUUCAAUGAAUGCCGACAAAUAGAAGUGUUGAAAUUGAAUUUUUGUGACUUCUUCACCGACAAAGCAAUUGAACAUGUUGUCUCGGGACGACCUUCACGAACUUUACGGAACAUUGAAAUUGCUGCAAAUCCUUACAUCAGUGAUUAUUUCAUGAAAGGGAUUAAACGAAUACGUGGAUUACAGCGAGCGCAUUUUUACUUUUUACCAUGCGUAGCACAACAAACAGACGCAUUACAAAGUUUGAAAGCUUCUUUGCCAUGUUGUAGAGUUAGUUUCCCGGAAAUAAAAGAAGUCGGUUAUGGAUAUGGUUAUAAUGCUGAGGACAGUAAACUUCCCUUUCAAUGA